UCAUGAUUGCAGACACCUCUUCUAUAGCCGGCUACACCAUCUUGCGGGAAGAGCCCAGCGACGUCGCUCCAGACCUGUCCACGCAACGCCCAGCGCAUCCUCUCGAUCAGCUAUCGAUUGAAGAAGUCCAGCUCGCUGCCAAGCUUAUCAAGGAGCAUGCCAGCCCAAGAACACUGAAAUUCAACUGCCUCACUCUUCGCGAGCCGAAGAAGAAUGAGUACGCAGCUUUCAAGGCGGGAAGCGGACCUCGCCCUGACCGCCGCGCUUUUGCAAUCGUGAUCGAGAAGGGAUCCUCCCAGGUCUCCGAGGUUGUCGUCAACCUGAGGAGCUCCCAGGUCGAGAUCUGGAGGGACGUCACGGAUGUCAGUCCCACCCUUACACUGGAGGACCUCGAUGUCUGCGAGACCGUGGCGCGUAAAGACCCGCGUGUGAUCGAUGCGUGCCGCGAACUCGGCAUCCAUGACAUGUCAAAGGUCUUCAUCGAUGCAUGGGCCAUCGGGUUUGACCACCGUUGGGGCACCGAUCGCCGUCUGCAGCAGGGCAUUGUCUACUAUCGCAACUCUGCCGGCGACAACCAGUAUGCCCACCCCCUGGACUUCUCGGUUGUUGUCGACACGGAGAAGGAAGAAGUCCUGUCUGUCGAUAUUCGUCAUGUCAAUGGCGAGCGCACCAAGGUACCUCUGGGAGAGCACAACUACAUGCCGGCCUUCAUCGGCAACGACUACCAGCACGGCAGGCUUAAGCCCAUCGAUAUCACCCAGCCCCAGGGCGUAUCGUUCCGCAUGUCUGGCAACGAAAUCUCCUGGGCCGGACUGAAGAUGCACAUUGGCUUCAACUAUCGUGAGGGCAUCGUCCUCUCUGAUGUCCGCAUCGAUGACCAGGCGGAAGGCCGCGAACGCAGCCUCUUCAACCGCAUCAGCGUGGUCGAGAUGGUGGUGCCGUACGGUAACCCGGACCCACCUCACCACCGAAAGCACGCCUUUGACGUUGGCGAGUACGGCACUGGUCUUAUGACCAACUCUCUCAAGCUUGGCUGCGACUGCAAGGGUGUCAUUCAUUACAUUGAUGCCAUCAUGGCUGUGAGUUCUGGUGAGGCGGCGAUUCUCAAGAAUGCCAUUUGUGUUCAUGAAGAGGACAACGGUAUCCUCUAUAAGCACACAGACUACCGCGAUGGCACUGUCAUCUCGGCCCGCGACCGGAAGCUCAUCAUCUCCCAAAUCAUCACGGCUGCCAACUACGAGUACUGCUUCUACCACACGUUUACCCUGGACGGCACUUACAAGCUGGAGAUCAAGCUCACGGGCAUGCUGAAUACUUACUGUAUGCAUCCCACCGAGACUGCAGCGCCGUACGGCACUGAGGUUGCGCCAUCCAUCAAUGCCCACAACCACCAGCACAUUUUCUCCCUGCGUGUGGAUCCCGAGGUGGACGGCCCCAACAACACGAUUGUCCAGAACGACGCCGUGCUCUCCGACGAGCCCCUCGGAUCAGCCGGGAACCCAUACGGAAACGGUUUCUACUGCAAGAAGACACCUCUUCGGACAGCUCUCGAAGGUGCAGCAGACUACUGCUACGAGACUGGUCGGUCCUGGGACAUUAUCAACCCCAACAGCAUCAACACUGUGGCCAAGAAACCCGUUGCCUACAAGAUUCUGAACAACAACUGCCCAACCAUCCUCGCCAAGGCGGGAAGCCCGGUCUGGAAGCGGGCGGGGUUCGCGCGUAAGGCGCUGUGGGUCACCCCGUACAGGGACUACGAGCUGUUCCCCGCUGGCGACUACGUCUGUCAGUCCAGCGGCGAGGAUGGUCACCCUUUCAACGAGACGGUGGUCGACUGGGCCGCCAGGGACGAGCCGAUUGAGAACAUGGAUAUAGUCUGCUAUAUCCAGUUCGGCCUCACCCACUUCCCGCGAACCGAGGACUUCCCAGUCAUGCCGGCCGAGCCUGUCGGUGUAAUGAUCCGGGCUUCCAAUUUCUUUAAAAAGAACCCGGCGCUCUGGGUCCCUCCCUCGGUUGUCGAGGCUGACAAGACGUCCAAAAACGCGUUUUCAAGGGCUGACAAUGAGCCUGCUGCGUCAUGCUGCGUCAACAGGGACAGCAAGCUUUAGUGGUAUGCAUCUGGGGCCCAUGAGGCUUCCAAGGUUGGCAGCGUCACAUUCAAUGUGGGGACAUGAACGGGAGACAUACGCUGGAGCUGGUAGUGGUUCUUAUUUCCAGUACUGUGUAGUUAGA